AUGAGCAGUUCAUCUAAUGCACCCGAACGCGACGGGAAAGGUGUCUCCGUUCAUGGCGAUGAUAGUGGCGACGAAGAUGUCUUCCACGAUGCCCACUUUCCCCCCGAGGAAGAAGCCCAACUCCUGAAGGAAGCCCACGAAAUCAAAUCCGAGGCAAAUCAGCUGUUUCUCGCGAAAAGCUAUGACCAAGCCAUCUCUUGUUACGACCGAGCUCUCGCUUCCUGUCCGAUCUACCUUGACUACGAUGUCGCCAUCAUUCACAGUAAUAUCGCUGCUUGCCAUCUGAAGUUGGAAGAUUGGAAGGCUGCAGUUGAAUCCGCAACCAUAUCCAUCGAACGCCUGAAUAAAAUCAUUCCGCCGACAACACAGGACAAAGGCGACGAGUCGAAGGGGAAACAAAUCCCAGAAUCGGACAACAAACACACAGAUGCAGUGGUUGAACUAUCUGGUGACGACGAAGAAGCCGAGUUGAAGGAACUACAACGAUUACAAGAGGAGGAUGAGCAGCGGAGCAAAGUGAUGCGGCUUCGAGCCAAAGUACUCAUGAGACGCGCAAAGGCGAAGACCCAAAUUGGUGGCUGGGGUAGUCUGCAAGGUGCCGCAGAGGACUAUCAAGCUCUUGCUGCAAUUGAAACCCUUCCGGCAGAUGAUAAACGGGUUGUCCAGCGGGCAUUGCGGGAACUACCUGAGCGCAUCAAUAAGGCGCGUGAGAAGGAGAUGGGUGAUAUGAUGGGCAAACUGAAGGAUCUUGGCAAUGGGAUCCUGAGCCCAUUUGGUCUGUCCACAGACAACUUCAAGUUUGUCCAGGAUCCAAAGACAGGGGGCUACAACAUGAACUUCCAAUCCUGA